ACUAGCAGAGGGUUCCCAUCGAGCAAUAUCGAGUAAUAGAAACGGGCACCUCCGGGAGGACUGGAGCAACACGACACAACACCGCCCUCCCGACGAGUCACCCUUAUCUGGGAGACCAUGACCCACCAGUCCGAGGCCCGGAGGACGGUAUCGUGUCCAUACCUCGCCAAUGUGUACGGAUGGGUACAUGACUGAGGCGACAAGUGAUGCGUGAUAAGCAGCCCCCCAAAGGUCCCAAACUCCGAAGGGUCCAUCCGUGCCGUGGGGAAAGAAUGAAAAAGCGUGUGAGUAGUAAAAGCCGAAGAUCCCCUUCUUUUCCUUUUCCUUUUCGAAGGUAUUCCCCUUUUUGAACGUAUCCCCAGUGAGCGUUUUAUUGGCGAAAUUUUGCUGUCGGCUGCGACACUACCUACCAUCACUCCCAGCAUACCCUGUAGCAGCAAUCAGCAAGCCCGCGCUCUGGCAGAACGCCAACAAUCAUGGCAGACCUCACUGUCCUCGUCUCAUCGCGCGCCAUACUCACCCUUCCCGACGACUCACUACUCCUCACACCAGCCACAAUCACCAUCUCGCCGUCCACGGGCAAGAUCCUCAGCACAACACCCUCCAUUCUACCGUCGUCGUCGUUCCCGGCUGGGACAACGUACAUUGAUCAUUCGCCCAAAAUCCUGCUUCCUGGUAUCGUCGAUGCACACGUCCACCUGAACGAGCCCGGGCGGACAGAAUGGGAGGGCUUUUGGACCGGCACGAGGGCAGCCGCCAGCGGGGGCGUGACCACCGUCGUCGACAUGCCCCUCAACGCCAUCCCGCCCACCACCACCGUCGCCAACUUCCGUGAGAAGCUCAAGGCCAGCGAGGGCCAGUGCUGGGUCGACGUCGGCUUCUACGGCGGUGUCAUCCCUGGUAACGCCAAGGAUCUCGUGCCCCUGGUCGAGGCUGGCGUGCGUGGCUUCAAGGGGUUCCUGAUCGAGUCGGGCGUCGACGAGUUCCCCGCCGUGUCGUCCAAGGAUAUCGCGCUCGCCAUGGAUACCCUCAGCGGGGAGAAGACGACGCUCAUGUUCCAUGCCGAGAUGAUCCCCCCGAUUUCCGACUCGGUCGGUGACGACGUCCAGGUGUCCGAGGCGCCGCUGGUGCCCAAAGGCGAUCUCAACGCGUAUCAGACAUUCCUCCAGUCACGCCCGCCCAUGUUCGAGGUCUGCGCCGUGGAGGAGAUCCUGUCGCUCGCGCCUAGAGCACCUGACCUGCAGCUGCAUAUCGUGCAUUUGUCGGCGACGCAGUGCAUCCCCCUCCUCCGUGCGGCGCGACAGGCAGGCAUCAAGGUCACGGCGGAAACGUGCUUCCAUUAUCUCGGUCUCACGGCUGAGGAGAUUGAGCAGGGCGACACGCGUCACAAGUGCUGCCCGCCUAUUCGCGAGGAGUCGAACAGGAAUGGAUUGUGGGAGGAGAUGAUGGCCGAGAACAGCUGCAUUCAGACCGUGGUAUCGGAUCACAGCCCUUGCACACCCGAGCUGAAGCUUCUCCCGGGGCAUCUCGACAGGCCCAACAUGCUACACUCUGACUCUGGCGUCGAUGUCACGCUACCAGAGGGCGGGGACGAUGAAGACGGUGUAGAGGUGCCCGUCGAGAAGGCGGCCCGGGGCGACUUCUUCGCCGCGUGGGGUGGCAUCUCGAGCGUCGGUCUAGGUCUGCCCAUUCUGCACACCAAGUCCCAGCAGCGUCUAAAGAAGGGCCUCGCCGCCCCCAGCAUCGUCGACAUGGUCCGUCUCUGCAGCCAGGCGACCGCCGCGCAGGUCGGUCUGUCGCAUCGCAAGGGCGGGUUGCGCGAGGGCAUGGACGCGGAUAUCUGCGUCUUCGACGAGAGCGAGGCGUGGGUAUUUGAGCAGGGCGAGAUGCGCUGGAAGAACAAGUGCUCGCCGUGGGAGGGCCACGAGUUUCUAGGCCGCGUGCGGGAGACGUGGGUGCGUGGCCAGAAGGUGUUUGAGAUGGGAAGGCCGGAGAUGGGCUUUGGGUCGAGUCGACCGGUCGGCGAGAGUAUCACGGAGAGGAGAGUGCGCUGAACGAUGGAUGAUGAUG